CGACAGGGUGGACUCGAGAGCCAGCGGUGAAACGUGCGCGCGGCGUCGCCCCUGGUCCACGGUUGGACCGCGUGUUUUCCUGUGGUAGGAACCCCCUUUCAAAAAGGAAACGACCGGAACUGCCCUGGAAAAUUCUAAUUUUCUGCAUGCGGGAAAGUGAUGGUGAAGAAGUGGUGGCAGAAAGCCAAGCCAAAAUUGAUUGCUGACAGAUUUUGAGUUGAUUUUGCAAAUUUUGGGGGGUUUUUCUACAGCAAUUGGCAAGUCUCAUGGUUUGAGCAGCCGAGGCAAUACUGUGGCUGGGCCGAAUGGGACUCGUGGGGGUCAUGCUCAUCGACUUGUGGCCAAGGUUACAGGCAGCGCAAACGACAGUUGAUCCUCUCUCCAAAUCCUGAAAGUGUUUUGGUUCCAGCAGAGAUGAUCCAGGAGUAUGACGAUCUUGUGCAACGCACCCAGGAACUGGAUGCGCAGCAUUUCCGCGAGCUGGCAAUGGCCUUUGCUGCAGGAGGCGCUUGCCUCAUGGCUGUCUUUGGCGUGAUGCGGGGCUGGUCAAUUCCUCGUCAGGGUCCAAUGAUCACAGACGGUGGAUCGUCUUCUCGCACGUUUUCAAGAGUCGCUGGCUUCCUCCCUCGCAGCGAGAAUGUAGAGACGCUGAAUGGAGACUAUUUUCUGGUAGCAAACGAGCAUGAGACUGAGCUACCGUGGGCUAGCCGAGACCUUGAGCUUGAGGAGUUCAGCUGAGGUCCAAUCUUUGGCGCACCAAAGCAGUGGGUCAGAGUGGGGAUCAGUCCACCCGUAAUCGGUGCUUGGAGGCUUUGGCCACUGCCAUGACGUUUUAUAGAAGGAUUCAGGUUCAGACGCAUACUUUCAACACUUUGUAAAGUGUGUAGAUGAUUUGCAAUGUUUGAGUUCGGCACCGGCAAACUCACCUGCACAUGCAAUCGCAACUUGUGCAGCACCUGCCGAUGCAUUGGCACGUGUCAUUGCUUUGGCACCCAGAGCGCAUUCCUUGGGGAUUCCCAAAGCACCUUAGCGGAUUCGGUCGGCUUUAGGUCGGCUCGGCAUCAAGCCUCGAAGAGUUUCACCGAGCUGACGGAAUUGGCACAGCGAUUGUGUGCUUCAAAUUCCACCUUGACGGGGUGACGCCAGAAUUUCCAAGUGGUGUUUACAUGGUGUU